UCAGUCUCAGCAUCGUCCCCUGGCGCCUCCCCGGGAGCAACGGGUCAGUCACCAAGCUGCCACUGUUUGCCUUUCGCGGGUGGUGACCUGGACUGCCUUAUCAGGGGCGUUCUGUAAUUUGGAGUCUGCGAUAAACUGAGUGAAUGACAUCUCCCUUGUUCGGCCUCUAAUGAAAAACUGCCGGCUUCGUUUGAAAUGACCGUCGAGGCGCACUCUGUUCUCUCGAAAAGGCUCAUGUUUGAAGACUGAGGAAAUAUUGACAGGUUGGAGAUAGUGAAUGAUCCAUUUAACUAAAGCAGAGAUGCCAGCUUGUUUGUAGGACUCACCUGAAGCCAGAGUCAUGGUGGAUGUAGGAAAGUGGCCAAUCUUUACACUGCUCUCACCCCAAGAAAUUGCAUCUAUUAGGAAAGCAUGUGUCUUCGGCACCUCAGCCAACGAGGCGUUGUAUGUCACUGACAAUGAUGAGGUCUUUGUGUUUGGACUGAACUGUAGUAACUGUCUAGGAACUGGAGACAACCAGAGCACGCUGGUCCCUAAGAAGCUCGAAGCCUUAUGUGGAAAGAAGAUCAAAAGCCUUAGUUAUGGGAGUGGUCCCCACGUUCUCCUCAGUACUGAAGAUGGAGUGGUCUAUGCCUGGGGUCACAAUGGAUACAGCCAGCUGGGAAAUGGGACCACCAGUCAAGGCAUCGCUCCCAUCCAUGUAUGCACCAAUCUCUUGAUCAAGCAGGUGGUUGAAGUAGCGUGUGGCUCACAUCAUUCAAUGGCUCUGGCAGCUGAUGGAGAGGUCUUUGCUUGGGGCUAUAACAACUGUGGCCAGGUGGGAUCGGGAUCUACGGCAAAUCAGCCAACUCCUCGAAAAGUUACAAACUGUUUACAUAUUAAGAGGGUGGUUGGCAUUGCCUGUGGUCAGACCUCAUCCAUGGCUGUUCUGGACAAUGGUGAGGUGUAUGGCUGGGGCUACAAUGGCAAUGGGCAGCUGGGCCUGGGAAACAACGGUAACCAACUGACCCCCGUGAGAGUGGCAGCUCUACACAGCGUGUGUGUGAACCAGAUUGUCUGUGGCUAUGCACAUACUCUAGCACUAACAGACGAAGGUGUGCUCUAUGCCUGGGGAGCUAACACGUAUGGGCAGCUAGGAACUGGCAAUAAGAAUAACCUGCUAAGUCCAGCACAUAUCAUGGUGGAAAAAGAAAGGGUUGUAGAGAUUGCAGCCUGUCACUCCGCCCACACAUCUGCUGCCAAGACCCAGGGGGGCCAUGUGUACAUGUGGGGCCAGUGCCGGGGCCAGACGGUGAUUCUCCCCCACCUCACCCACUUCUCCUGCACCGAUGACGUGUUUGCCUGCUUUGCCAGCCCUGCCGUGUCGUGGCGUCUUCUCUCUGUAGAGCAUGAAGACUUUUUGACAGUUGCAGAGUCACUGAAGAAGGAAUUUGAUAGUUCAGAAACUGCUGAUCUGAAGUUUCGAAUUGAUGGGAAAUAUAUCCAUGUCCAUAAAGCUGUGUUGAAAAUCAGGUGUGAGCACUUCCGGUCUAUGUUCCAGUCCUAUUGGAAUGAGGACAUGAAGGAGGUGAUAGAAAUAGACCAGUUCUCUUACCCCGUGUACCGCGCCUUUCUCCAGUACCUCUACACAGACACGGUGGAUCUGCCGCCUGAAGAUGCCAUAGGUCUUUUGGACUUGGCAACGUCUUACUGUGAAAACAGACUCAAAAAGCUUUGUCAGCAUAUUAUCAAGCGAGGAAUCACUGUGGAGAAUGCUUUUUCCUUAUUUUCCGCUGCCGUCAGAUAUGACGCAGAGGAUUUAGAAGAAUUCUGCUUUAAGUUUUGCAUCAAUCAUUUGACAGAAGUUACACAGACUGCGGCAUUUUGGCAAAUGGACGGCCCCCUGCUAAAGGAGUUCAUUGCUAAAGCCAGUAAAUGUGGAGCCUUUAAGAACUGAAGCCUGAGGCUGCGGGGCUGUGUGUGCGUGCUCUGGGGCACUGUGGUGAUGUGUCCAGCGUGUGCUCUACGAGUGAUGGGAUUCUGAAGGUAAAACACAUCAGGUAGUUUUCCCCACACCUGAGACCCAGUGCUCUCUACAGGAGUGUAUGAAGGAUGUAUGCUCUCCUGAGCCCAUCUUAAGUCUUGUUUCCAGAAGCGUAAAUUCUAAAUGUGACUUUUCUUGUAUUUGGUUGGAACAUUGUGAAAGGAUGACAGCUUAGCUGCUUUUGUUUUUGCUUUCUUUUUCGAUGAGAGGAGUUUCUGAACUUGGAAAAGUUGAUGGCAACUCUGCUGAGUCGCAUAUCACAACCCUUUGACACAGGUGUUGGAACAGUUGUAAACUGUGAGCUGAACGUAGACCCUCUGUGAGUGCUCCAUGAUGUGCAGCUCCUUCCUGUGAGGCUUGUCGGUGGUGUGCUUUUGCUACUGAUGAAGUUUAACUGCAGGGUAUGUCAAAGGAACAUGUUGUUUAAUAGGAAUUAGACCUACUGAAAUAAAUAAAGAUAUAUUUCUAGGUUAGCCAGGAUUCUCUUUUAGAUUUAGGCACCUAAAGAGUUAAAACUUUGGAACUGCUCAUGCAAAGUGGAUAAUGAAAGAAACUUAGUUUGGAUAAAGGUGAAUGUUUUUGAAUGAGAAUCUUUACUACUUAUCCAACAGUAUUUUAUUAAGGUUGAUUUGAAAACUGAAAUAUAAAUCACCCUUUCACUUUUCCCCUAUAAAUACUAACUCAUGAGAGGAAAGCAAUGACAUACACGUUCUUCUCAUGCCCUUCCAUUAUGGCUGCUAAAUUAAUCUGAGUUAGGACUUCAAGUGGUUAUUAAAACUCGCUUUCUCUAUAGAACUCCAUAGAACUUUUGUUACUUAUUUUGUCUAGGCCACAUAUUAUGACAAAUUUAUUUGAAACUUCACAUUCCAGUUUUGGUUUUUCCUCGUUUUGUAUUAUGAAUACAGUCCAACCUUGAAAUAGGGUCUCCAAAUUAUUUUUUUUUCCCUGAAAAGGUCUAUUUAAUAGGUAGGGUUUUAGGUCUGGUUAUGAAGUUUGACUUUGAGAUGUAAAUGCAUUCACCUUUGAAACUCAGUUCCAUUGAGUUGCUUUAAGAGUGAAACUUCACAUAUGUUGCCAUACUAUGCAGGAUUGGGCCCAGUUAGUACUUGGAUGGGAGGCAAGAAUGAUGUUGUGUCUGCCCUCUGGUCCAUGACCUUCCCAUCCAUGUGAGCUCCCUUAGUAUAUAUUGUUUCCUGCUUAGAAGGGCCCUGUUGACCCGAGAGCCUGAGUUGUUCAGAGCCACGUUGACAAGGAGAAUGUAUGCUGCAGCUACUGUUGUAGCAAUAGCUUUGAGUGAGUGCAUAUUGGGCAGAGCAGUGAGUGAGGCUUCAAAGAGGAAUUGUUGACAGGUGAAAUAAAUACAAAUCGAGAACUUCCAGCCAGUUUUCCUGACUAUGUCACAAAUGACUGCCCAAUGAAUUAGUAAGUUAAAAUUCGUUCUGAUAUGUGAUAGUUUUGCUUACUGUGUUGAUAAAUGCACACUAAUUUGAUUUGCUGUAAUGGGUAGUAAUAUUUAUGACAGUCACUGUUCCAUAGCCUUAUGGUCUCAAGUGGUAAUUUCAGUAUGUUUACUGUUGCUAUUACUUGAAGGGGGAAAAAAACAACACUUCCAAAAAAAAGCACAAAGUAGAGCAGGGGAUACUCAUCUGUAGAUAACAUAGAUAAUUUAUUCAACAAGUAUUCACUGAGUUCCUGAUCUAGGUAAAGAAGCACUUCUUAGAGUGUGGAAAUAACUUGUACUGAGUAUGUAUGGCCUGUCAAAAUUACUUGAGUAUUUUUUAAAUACAGUCUUUUUAUUUUUCUACUUGGUUUUGUUGUUAAUCAUAGGAGACAAAAAUUAUUCUUUGAAUUGAUUUCAUCUGAUGUAGUAAUGGAAGACAGAGCAGUCACAUUUCUUAAAAUAUACUGUAUUAUACUAUUGAACGAUAUUAUUGAACUUAUUACUGGAACAAUAUUUGAUACUCUAGUAUAUAGGAUGUGUUUAUGUAAUGUUUAGAAUGACAUUAAUAAAGUAAUCUGUUAAGGCA